AUAAAGGAUACAAUUUUUCUUAGUACUAGCCAUUAAUGACAUAUGCUACAACGAAAAUACAGUUAUUUGAAGAUUGCCUCAGGGAUGCCAAAGAAGUGGAUGAUAGAUGAUGCAUGUGUACAAGAAACAGACAGAUUCAUGAUUAGAUAAACAGAAGUUUAAAUAAAUUGAUUUUCAUUUUCACUUUUUACAACAUUUACCCAUGCCUAAGAUAAGGAUGGAUUAAUCGAUUUAAAAAAAGUCAAUUUUAUUUUCCAUCUCAUCCCUUCACGUCCACCUGAAUACCCACAUGAAAUGGUCAGUCAACACCUGACCAGCACAUGACAGUCUCCAACAGUAUUGUGGACGUCAUCCAUCAGGACCAGUAUGAUAACGUAGCGUCUCAUACACAGAAGGGCAUAGAUUUCUGUGAGAGAUUUGGGCAGUUUGUCAAAGAAAGAUGCCAGAUAGAAGUCAAAUAUGCAGGAGAACUCAAAAAAUUGGUCAAGAAAUAUCAGCCCGCCAAUAAAAAAGAAGAUGAAGAGUCGGCGUUUUCUGUGGUGCAGGGCUUCCUUGCCAUGCUGAAAGAGGUUCAUGAUAUUGCCGGUCAACAUGAGCUGAUCUCAGAGAACAUGGCCAGCAGUGUCAUCAAAGAGGUCCUCUCUUUAGCACAUGAAGUUAAACAGGAGAGGAAAAAGCAUUUACAAGAAGCCCAGAAACUACAGCAGCAACUAAAUUUAAGUAUACAGCAGUUGGACAAGUGCAAAGGAAAGUAUGAGAAGGCUUUUAAAGAAAUGGAGAAGGCAGUGGACAAUUACAAAAGAGCUGAUGCAGAUAUUAACUUGUCUAGAGCAGAAGUAGAAAAGCAUAAGAACACAUCCCAUAUAAAAACACAGCAGUGCGACGAGCUGAAGAACGACUAUGCCGCUCAACUUCAGACAACAAAUAAACAUCAGCAAGAGCACUACACAGUCCUUAUGCCACAGGUUUUCUCACAAUUACAAGAAAUGGAUGAGAAGCGAAUCACAGAGCUCCAGAGGUUCAUCAAAGAAUGUGGAGACAUCGAAAGAAAUGUUAUUCCUAUUAUAAACACAUGUAUAGAUGGUAUACACAAUGCAGCUAAUUCUGUGAACCCAUCAAAAGAUUCAGAAUUGGUGAUUGAAAAAUACAAGUCGGGCUUCCAAGCACCAGGUGACAUUCCAUUUGAAGAUUUGAAUCAAGUUUUCCACGGAAGCGAUAGCUCUCUAAAUUCUUCAAAAAGCUCAACUGUGAAUGUAUCUCGGACUGAAACUUUCAAAGGGGGGACAGUUUCUGGAAAAAACAAGAAAAGAGGAGGCCUUUUUGGAAUAUUUAGCUCAUCAAAGUCACAAUUGUCUAAGACGGAUGAGACAAAAGAAGAUUUCAGCAACUUGCCACCCACUCAACGAAAGAAGAAACUGAAUAAAAAGAUAGAGGAACUCAGAAUUGCAAUUGCAAAAGAGACAGCAGAAAGAGAUGGUAUGAUCAAAAUGCAAGAAGUAUAUCAACAGAAUCCAGCACUAGGGGAUGCCAGUAGUUUAGACAAACAGUUAGAAGAAAAUGCACAAAAAUUGGACUUACUCAGACAGGAAUGUCAAAAAUUUGAGGGCUACUUAGCAGAAGCAGAGGGGCAGGGCACACCGCAGUCAGAUCGCAAAAAACGAAACAGUAUGACGGACGAAAGUGUCACUUCAAGAAGUACUUCAGAUUUAGGAAGUAUGGGGUCACAACAGCGUGCGUCUGCACCAGGCACGCCAUUACAACAACAUCAGAGCUACAAUGAAAGUCCCGACAGUGGUAUCCAAGGCAACAGCCGCGGCCAGUUUGACGCCCAAGACUCGUUUGAAGAAGAUGUCCCUGAAGGAGUGCCAGUUUUGGGCGUCUGCGUGGCUGUUUACCCAUUUGAAGCGACAAACGAUGGCUCAGUGUCCAUGGCUCAGGGCGAGCAGUUCUCUAUCAUUGAAACAGACCAAGGGGACGGUUGGACCUUAGUACGGAGGGAAGCUACGGGAGAGGAAGGUUUUGUCCCCACUUCAUACAUUGAAGCCACAUACUAUUGAAAAUAGCAGAAAAAAAUAGACAACAAUGGAGAGGAGUUUACAUUGUUUUGUUGCAUUCUUUGAGGUCACAAGAUUAUGAUUUUUUUUUUCUGAACUAAGUGAUUGGAAGGUCAUGAUUUUUUCUUGAUAUGUUGUCACCGUGUUCUGCCUAUUGUUAAGUGCAUCUUCUCAGUCAUAUCUUAAAAAGAGAAAGCUAGUAAUUGGAAAAUGAAAAUGGCAGAUUAACAGUCGUCUGACUUAAUACGAAAACAACAAUGAAAGUAGAGUAUUAUGAUCUAUUUUCUUUAGACUUCUGCUUUUUUUUUUUUUUUUUUUUUUUUUUUGUGGGGGGUGGUUAAGGUUGAAAGCUACAGACAACUUUCUAAAGUCAGAUUUAAAGAAACCGUCUACAAUUCUGCCAUACUAUUAUGUUGGGGGAUAAAGAUAUUCAGAGCAUAUAUAUUGGACUAUUGAAUAAUGAGCUGUAGGUAUUGCUAUAUGUGCUGUAUUGUGAACUUGGGGACACCUUUAGUUAGAGGGAGAGAGAACAUGAUGGACAGAAUGAAAGUGAAAGUGAUUUUUGCUAUCUUUGUGUACAUAAGCGUAAUUACUCAUUAAGCAGUGUAGUUCUGUGGACAAUUGUAUAUGCACUGUACAAUGCAAUGUAAAAAUGAAUCAUUUUUACAGAACAACGGUCAUUAACAAACAAAUUUAUUAUCUUACAACAAAAAAUAUAUAUAUACAUACUUUAUUGCCCUAGGUGCAACACAAUCUAUUGUAGAUAUGAAAGUGACAGUACACAGGAGAUUUUUUUAACUGUACAGCCAGAGCAGCAAUAUUGGAGUAGAUUGCUUAUGUAGAAACUGUUCAUUCAAGAUGCCGUUUUAAGACUAAUUGGUGCCCACUGUAUUUAUUCCUGAAUUUCUGUCAUUUCCAUUUUAUGUAUUAUCUCAAGCUGCAGCUGAGUGUUGCCUCUUGGUGGCUUAUUGAUCUAUAUAUAGGUAUUAUAAUAUUUACACUUAUACAUGCAAACUUGAAUUUCAAACAGGUGUUGAAUGAAAAUGGAAGCAGUUUGUUGUGAUUUCGAAGACACAAGACUUACCUAUCCAAACAUGUUCUGGCUCACUACUUUUGUAAAUACAUUUAUACUAUUGUCAUAGUAUUUAUGAUUAUU